UGCCGCUGCUGCUUCUGCCGCACACAAAAAGCCGAAAUGCAAAUGGCUUGAUGUAUCUACACCAGUUUAAAAAAUCGUUUCAUUUGUUAUCCGAAUCGGUGUGUAAUAUUUUUUCUCUUCCGUAUUUAGCAUAUUUUUAAGCAACGAGCAUAGCAUAAUCACAUUUGAGUUGCGCAUCUGUUAUUGUUUUCUUUCUUUUGCACUCUCGGAUUCUUUGUUUGUAUUACUCUCUCCUCUCUCUCUCUCUCUCUCUCUCUCUCUCUCUUUCGCUUUUAUUCUUUCAUCGUUUGUUUCUUCUUCGUUACCACUGUUAUUAUAUUCAAACACUGCACUCGCAUACAUACAUAUAUAUUUUUCUUAUCCGCACGCUUCUUCUCACUUUGUUUUGCAAGUACACUACACAACACUGCACUACACAACACUAUCCACAGCAGGCAACAACCAACAAUCACCCACACGCACACGCAAGCGCAAAACGCCAACCCAUUGAUUUCCACAAUGAAGCUGCCGUUUUUCCGAUCGAAGAACUCGGCAUCGCCAGCUAAGGGCAAAAAAAACGAGCCUGCAAGCCCUGGAUCUCCGCAGCACAUAGUCAGCAACUCAAACGUAUCGACAGCAGCGCACAGCACACACCAGCACGGCGCAAACUACACCUCGGCCAACCCAGCAACGUCUGCAGUGCAGGCGAUAGCCGGACAAAUGGCCGAGAUGGAGUCAUUUCUGGCAACAAUCGACGGUUUCCAAGACGAGGCUCAGCGGCUUUUCCCCGAAAACAUGGCCUUGGGCCAGAUCCUUAAUGAGCUGCGCGAGGAGUGUCGCCGCCGCGUCGACUACAUGACCCGUGUGUCGGCGCCGCCUGCGUGGAUGGGCCAGGCGCAGCACGAGAGGCGGUCGUCGUCGUCGUCAACCACCAUAGCCGCAGCGGCUUUGGGCACGCCCCCAACUAGCAGCAGGAGCAAUCGGCGCGCGAUGACUGCAACCGCGCUGCCGACAGACAGGAUCAAUGCGACCGCCAGGUUUUUGGAUGGAGAUGUGUCGCCUUUGUCAAACAUCACAGUGACCUCCAACGGCAACACGGCGAGCAGCGCCAGUAGCAGCAGCAAUGGGAAGCAGGGUAACAGCAACGCUGUUUAUUCAAACAAGGGCAACAGCGCCAGCAACACUUAUUUUUCGCGUCAUCACACUGCAAGUGCUGCCGUCGCUGGCUCUGCAUCAACUCAAACUCUGUUGCUGCUACGCGCAAGUCAGCGCAAGCUGUCAACCGAGGCACCCAGAGCACCCCUCCGUCGCCGUUGUCAUCGCCAACAUACCUUCAGCCUUUGUCCCAAUCACCAGCGCAGCGGCAGCGGUAGUGGUUGGAACUAGGCGCGAUGGGCGUGCUGCCGAGCAGCGCCGCAAGAAUCCGCCUCAGUCAAUGUUUAUCUCGAGCUCAUCAGUAAGUAAAUGUUGU